AUGCCCCGAACCGUCAAGGUUGCUGUCGUCGGGAGCGGUCUUGCAGGACUCACUGCAGCGUAUCUUCUCAAGAAGCCAUUACAAGAGGCGGAUGUCGACUUCGAGGUGCAUGUGUUCGAGAAGGCCUCGUCUAUAGGCAUGGACUCUGCUUCAAUAUCUGUUCCAAUGUCUGGCGACCAAGAAUGGCGUGUCGAUGUACCUAUGAGAUCCUUUCAAGGAGGGUACUACACCCAGCUUAUUGCCCUCUAUCGCAGUCUGGGCGUCGACUUUCGACAAAAGAAUUUCUCAUACUCCUUCUCCGACCUAUCUCCUGAGCGUAAAGUGCACCAGCGCUCAAUAACGACAUCGUUCAUAUACAACGGUGCCUCUGGGCGCGCGGGGAUCAGUAAACCGUCAAGCCUCAGCCCGAGCCCACUUCAGAAGGAUCCCAGCACCCUCCUACGACAUGCAUGGGACAUAUGGACGUGGCUCCUAUAUCUAGGAACGGCGCUGCAGGUUGUGUUCUGCUAUCUCAUCACUCUAUAUCAUGCCCUUCCCUUCUGGAGACCAAGAAAUAUCCCAGACCUGACUUUCAGAGAUUGGACGUCUCGAGCGGCGCCGACGAGUUUUAUAGCGAAAUCGGUAGGCAUGGACACUGCCUGGCAAGACUAUAUCGAAAUGAUAUUGAUUCCUCUUGUGUCCGCCGUGUGCACCUCACCAGAGGAUGUUGUGAUGGAUCAUCCAGUCGAGGAAAUCCUGGAUUAUGUCUGGCUUACUCUCGGGACAAACCACUAUGUAGUGGUAGAUGGUGUCUGCGACGUUGUCGCUCGUCUGACUGCAGACCUCCACCAUAUCCAUUUGGCUUCACCUAUUUUGUCAAUAAAGCCUGAUCCCCGCGACCCUGGAUGCGCCACAAUUUCAUGUUCCACGGAUGGUGAACUCAAAGAAUAUGGAGGUUUUCGCCACAUCGUUUUCGCGACUCAGGCUUCCGGGGCUGUGCCCAUUCUAUCAAGUUAUUCACAAUCCUUGGACAGUGACCGAGAAAGCCGCAAACAGAUGAUUGCAAAGCAAAUCGAAUGCCUGAAAUCAUUCCCAUAUCGUAAAUCCAUCGUCAUCAAUCAUUUCGACGACACACUUCUGCCUGACAAUGCUCAAGACGUGCGGGAUCUCAAUCUUCUUAAUCUCCUGAAGGGCGCUGCCCUCUCUAGUCCUUCGGAUUUGCAGCCAUCUUUGCCCAAAUUUCCGAACCUCUGCGUAUCUCCUACACACACAAUGGCGACCCACGUUUUGCCUCGUCCGAAAGGCUUUGACGGCAAGAAACCCAGACUUUUUCAAACUACUAAUCCCAUCAUCCCGCCCAAGAUGGACACCAUCCUGAGCGUCGCGACUUUAGAACGAGCAGUUGUUAACACGGAGAGCAAGAAAGCCCUUCGGUUGCUUUGUGUGGCCCAAAGGCCCAAGUGGUAUCAAUGCUCAUAUCAAGCAAAAACACAACUUGGGGAGCUGCAAGGGGGAAAAACAGAUUCAGACGGUAGUGAGGCACCAGGUAUCUGGUUCUGUGGCUCGUAUGCACAUCUAGGAAUUCCAUUACUCGAGGGCUGUGUUAUCAGCGCUCGGACGGUGGUGGAAGAAGGGAUAUUAAGGGGCGAGUGUGUGCGAUGGAAAGAGGAGCCAUGGACAACAUAG